AUGACGGUGUCAUCGUCGCCAAUUGCUUUUCCUAAGAGCCCAUCUCCCUUCAACAGCGCCAAACGGCCGCGUCCACAACAGUCAGAUGCCCCCAAACCUGCAAAACCACGAGUGUUUGGUGGUUUCCUCGCCGACGAUUCCGAUGAUGACAACGUCGCCGAGCAGCCGUCUCCCAAGCGGCGAAUGCUGCAGCAAGAGAGCCAGUGCUCCCCCGACGACGAUGCAAUGAUCGACAGCCAGCUUGAAAAAGACCCCGUGAACCCUUUCCUGCAGCCAACUCAAAACUCUGUCACCACCCCUCCAGAUAGUCAGCCAGUUGUGGAAGAUGCAGAAGAAGCAGAACGUUACGAGCGUCUCUUCGGCACGCAAACUUCUCUCCAAAAGAACCCCUUCCUCGGCAGCGAGCUCGGCUCAUCAACAUACCGCAUCACAACAUGCUCCGGUAAAACAAUCCCCAUCUGGGAACGCAAACCCGCCGAAGCAGUCCCAUACUCAGCUAUGGUAGCUGCUCGCUCCCGCCACAAGGAAGGCCGCGCACACAAGAGCUACUACGGCAUUCCGAUCCACGAACUGAUAGACAAUGCCAACAAGGAGUUGGCCCGAGCCUGCAAGGAGUCGACUACCGCAACAUCCUGCGAUCAACCGGUCCGUUCGGUUGAAGACGGCCACACAAGCCUGAAGAAGCCCAAGCGCGCGAUGCUCUGGACCGAGAAAUACCGCGCCCGGACAUUCAUGGACCUGGUCGGCGACGACCUGACUAACCGCCAGGUCUUGCGCUGGCUGAAGCGCUGGGAUCCGAUUGUGUUCCCCCAUUCAGCGAAGCCAAAGGCCGUGGCUGGGGCCAAGAGGGCCGGUGCUGCUGGGGCAAAUGCUCAGGGGGGACAGCAGCAGCAGACAGAAGAGGAGAAGCUGCAUCGCAAGAUUCUGAUGCUGCAUGGUCCUCCUGGGUUGGGCAAGACUACUCUAGCCCAUGUGUGUGCUCGACAAGCUGGGUACGAAGUGUUGGAGAUCAAUGCGAGCGAUGAACGUAGCAAGGAUGUGGUCAAGGGACGGAUUAGGACAGCAUUGGGGACUGAGACAGUUAAGACAGUUGAAAAUAGGAAAGCUGAGCCGGGCAAGAAGCAAAAGAUAGCUCGGCCUGUUUGUGUGGUUGUGGAUGAAGUCGAUGGUGUGGUUGGCGGGUCUGGAGGGUCAGGCGAGGGCGGCUUCGUGAAGGCGUUGAUUGACUUGAUCCUGUUGGACCAGAAGAACAGUUCAGGGGCUGGCAGCACGACGUCUGGUCAAGGGAAGAGGAAGAAUAAAAAAGCAGACGAUUUUCGGCAAAUGAGACCGCUGAUACUCAUCUGUAAUGAUGUUUAUCAUCCCUCUCUCAGACCGCUCCGUCAGUCAGGGCUGGCUGAGAUCAUUCAUGUUGGAAAGCCAUCUGUCGAGGCUGUCGUUAACCGGCUGAAGUCGAUCUUUGAGAAGGAGGGAAUUCGCUGUGACAAGGAUGCUGCUCGGAAGCUCUGCGAGGCUACAUGGGGCAUAACUAACGCCAUUGAUGCCAAGCGAGGUUCCGAAAGCAACGCCGAAGGCGACCUGCGCGGUGUCAUGGUCGUUGGCGAAUGGGUAGCUGGCCGGCUGAAAGCGACAUCCAAGGAUCCAGUCCCUCAUCUCACCAGAGAAUGGAUCGACAAGCAUGUCUUACACGAGCUUGCCCACGGCGGCGGAGGUGCUCGUGGCCUUGGCCGAGGUAACGUCCGCGAGAUCGUGGCACGCAUCUUCCAAGAGGGCGCUGGCUUCCCCAAGCCCCUCUCCUCCGGCCCAUCCCGGCAACAGCCCGACAAGACCACGCGCCACGAACAACCCCAACAACAGCUGGGAGUGCUCGAGCAAACUCGCAAGUACGCCAUGGAGCGUCUACGCGAGAUGAUCGACACAAGCGGCGAAGCAGAUCGCAUCAUGACCGAGGUCUUUCUCGACUACCCCAACCACGAUUUCAACGACGAUUCCUUCCUCUCCAAGCCAGACGCCGCCUACGAAUGGUUGUACUUCCAUGACGCCUGCUCCUCGCGCGUGUUAGGCUCUCAAGAAUGGGAACUCACACAGUACAUCGCCCAACCCAUCCUUGCCUGCCAUUACCUCUUCGCCACGCCGCGUCGGUAUCAGUCCCAGCUGGCUUACGGCACGAAUCAGCGCUGGGGCGCCGGCGGCGCCGACUUGGGCGAUGACCAGCAGGAGAAUGCCCAGCCGCUGCCAUUCACUGGUCCCAGAGCGGAUUUUGCAGCACACGAGGCCGAGAAGGCUAACCGUGCUGCGCUGCAAGGCAUCCAGGCGCAGUUAUCGCCCAGUUUGGCCCGCGCGUUCCGUUCGCCGGAACAUAUUGCGACGGAUUUCUUACCCUAUCUGUUGAGGAUGGUGUCGCCGGAUGUGAAGCCUGUCGUGGUUGGCGGGAGCAGCAAGGACGGAGGGGGUAGCGGGCCCGUGGCGAGCGUGCGCCGGGAGGGCGAGAAGGCCAUGGUCAGAAGGGCAGCGCAGGUGCUGGCCGAGAUUGGCGUGCAACUGUUGAAGGGACGGCUGGAAGGGGAUGGACUUGGAGGACGGACGCAGUGGGUUUAUCGGAUGGAACCAGACCUCGAAACCCUGGCAACCUUUGAAUCAGCCGGCGCCCAUGUCCUUGCCGCGCAGGCACCAACUCGCUACGCUGUGCGUCAAGUACUCGACCAAGAACUCCAAAAGGUCAUCGCGCAGCGGGAGAACGCUGCCCGACAGGCCCGUCUCAAAGCGGGCGGUUCUUCUCGUACCUCUGAUCAUGACCAUAACGAGCAUGGCGGGGACGAUGACAAAGAGAACCGUCCACUUGGCCAAAAUAAAGAGAACACCUCCUCACUGCCUGUCAAGCGUGACUUCUUCGGCCGUCCGGUACUCACAGCAAGACCUGCUAAGGGCGAGGGCACGGAUGAUGGUGGUUCAAAUAAGAAACGCAAGAGGGCCAUGAGCUCAGAAGGAGAAGAGGGGUCAGGGUCGGGAUCAGGUAUUAAGGUGUGGGUGACAUAUCACGAAGGUAUCAAUAAUGCCGUGCGGAAGCCGAUUUCGUUGGAGGAGUUCUUGAGGGGCUUCUAA